AUGGCGACUCCGACGGCCUCUCUUACACCGCUCCGGUUCGCCAAUGGAUCAGCAUCAUAUACCUCUCCAACUGGCGAAAAGAUCCUAGCCUCAGUCAACGGACCUGGAGAGGUAAGUCGACGCGAUGUGCAGAAUCCGGAGGAAGCAACCCUUGAAGUGCUGGUCAAACCUGGCGUAGGUGUCAGCGGUCCGGGAGAGCGGUAUGUUGAAGGCAUCCUGCGUGGCCUAUUGGGCCGAGUGAUCCUCAUGAGGGACAAAAAUAUGGCGCGCAAAGGGGUGGUCGUUACUCUUGUCGUGGUCGAGAAUCGCAUUGUAGAUGGCAAAGUGGACGUCCGGGGCGGAAGCUACCUCUCGAUACUUCCAUCGCUGCUACAUGCCGCGCUCCUCGGGUUGUUGUCUGCCGGAAUACCGAUGGCUAUGACAUAUACAUCGUGCCUAAUCGCUAUAUCACCUUCGGGUGACUUACUCGCAAACCCAUCAACGGAGCAGAUAAAAACUAGCACCUCCUUGCAUGUUUUAGCGUUUACUUCCAAGGGAAACCUCCUUCUAAAUGAAAGCCAAGGCUGUUUCAAUUUAAAGCAGUGGGACGAUGUCCAUGACCUCGCAGCAACUCUGUGUUAUGCUAGUAGCUCUAGUCAGGGGGAUGGAGACGUCGCAAUGGAUGGAAAGGCUGGCAAUACUCUCAAGGAUUUCAUUCGAGGAACAGUUGAAGACAAGGUUAGAGAGGAAUUCGCUUGGAAGCUCACAGCGGCUUGA